AUGCCUUGCCUGAAACCUCUUCGUGGACAGAAGAUGAGGAAACGGAUUUUUGUCAAAGCCACAUCAUCUUCUGGUCAUAACCAUCAGGAUGAGUCUUCCUCCGAGUCAAAGAAUCCUCUCUCUCUGAUUCUCGAUGUCCCGAGGACGGUUUGGAAACAAACAUUGAGACCAUUGAGUGAUUUUGGAUUCGGUAGGAAAAGCGUGUGGGAGGGUGGUGUUGGCUUGUUUCUUGUUUCGGGUGCCUUUCUGUUGGCAUUUAGCUUGGCUUGGUUGAGGGGGUUUCAGUUAAGAUCAAGGUUCAGCAAGUAUCUGGCUGUUUUUGAGUUUUCGAAUGCUAGUGGCAUUUGUGCCGGCACACCCGUUAGGAUUCGAGGGGUAAAUGUGGGGAAUGUGGUUCGCGUUAACUCCUCCCUCAAGAGUAUUGAGGCUGAAGUUGAGAUUAAAGAUGACAAACUUAUAAUACCACGGAAUUCUUUGAUCGAAGUCAAUCAGUCUGGUCUUCUCAUGGAAACUCUCAUUGACAUUACCCCACGAGAUCCCAUUCCAUCUCCUUCAGUUGGGCCUCUUCAUGCAAAUUGUAUUAAAGAGGGUUUAAUUGUAUGCGACAGGCAAAAGAUAAAGGGGCAUCAGGGGGUGAGUUUGGAUGCAUUGGUCGGAAUAUUUACUCGCAUUGGGCGUGAAGUCGAAGAAAUUGGUGUUGCCAAUGCCUAUUCAAUGGCUGAAAGGGUUGCCAAUAUUAUUGAAGAGGCACGACCUCUUAUUUCGAAGAUUCAAGCCAUGGCAGAAGAUAUAGAACCUUUGCUGGCUGAAGUUCAAGAUAGUGGUUUGCUAAAGGAUGUAGAGAGCUUAACCAAAAGCCUCACGCGAGCAUCUGAGGAAUUUAGAAGGGUGCAGUCAUCAAUUAUGACCCCGGAGAAUACUGAAUUAAUUCAGAAAUCAAUUUAUACCCUCAUAUUCACUUUGAAGAACAUUGAGAACAUAAGCUCUGAUAUAUUAGGAUUUACUGGGGAUGAAGCCACAAGAAAGAACUUGAAGUCGCUCAUUAAAUCUCUCAGCCGGAUGCUGUGA